AUGACAGUACGAAGCACCAUCCGGGGCCAGCAACGCCGCAGGGCCAUCGUCCAGCGCCUGAUUGGCGGGCAGCGCUUUCGUGGGACGAUCGUAGUCGACGAGGAAGAAGCGCACAAGAAUGACGAUGAGCGAUUAAAGGACCUCAUUGAAGCAGAGGGUAUUGAUGCCGCGUUUGUCGAAGGCAUCAAGCCUCGUUGGGAGGCAUACUUCACGGACGGCAGUGCGAAGAACGACAGACUCGGCGCUUGUGUCGCGGUGUUGAGCGAAGCCAAAUCGAAGAUUUGGCACCUAGGAACGUAUACCGGCAAGUCGAUGGAUGCUGAGCUGUUUGCCAUAGCGGCGGCGCUGGGCAUGGCCCUCGAUGACUCUAGCUCAAGCAACCGGUUGCGCCGCGUCCGCAUCUACACUGAUGCUGCGACCAUUCUUGCUGGCUUAAGCAACUCUGGUUGCUGGGUCCUUGGGCCCAUCAUGGACACCAACGAGCCUCUAGCCAUCCAGCUCGUUUACGAUCGGGCUGAAGCGCUCUACAACUUGGGUGUGGACCUGGAGCUGGUUUGGGUGAAAGCCCACAAAAACAGCUACAUGAAUCACAUCGCAGACAUAGGUGCCAAACAAGGUGCAAAGCACGAGCCACCAGACACACAGCCGCCGCAAGGCAAGACCUUUGAGAUAUGGAAAGCGAUACCAAAAUCAAUUUUGGGCAAGGGCCUUGAUGUGGUGCAGGAAUGGAGAUUGCGGGGCAAUCAAGUUGAUAGCGAGUCAAAGAAAGAAGCGAUACGAAGAUGA